GGAGUGUCGCCGGCAACGACAGCUUGGUAGCACUGUAUAGUGAACACGAGCUACAGUUGCAAUCACUAGUGGCAUGUAGUACGACCACAAUAUUUGCCAAAAAUAUGUUUUUGAGUGAAGUGUAUAUUGUACAAUGACUUUACAAAGUGAGGAAAACCUACCUUAAAGUUUUGUUGUUGAGUGAUCAAACAUUUGUAAAAAUGGUGAACGGUAAUUACGUGCUGUACGGCGACCGACCGUCCUCAGAGUCGGAAAUAGUCGAUGACCAUGUCCAUUCACGAUCAAAUGAUCGUAAAAAUAAACGAAAAAUGAAUAGAACAGCGAACGAACUUCAACAUACAUUGAACUUAGCGCAGCUAGACAACGAGACCGACUCUGUGAAAUAUGAAAAGAAAAUAAAAGAGCCGCGGUUACUGCGCUAUGUACCAACCACGGAAGUGGAAGAGAAUUUCGUCACCGAAAAAUUCGAGACAUAUGAUUUGAAACCGACAGAGGAGCGUCCGAGACGGUACGCAUUUACCAAAAAACCAAAGAAUCCGUCGGACGGGUCGGUCAACUACGCUUACUCACGCUCGAGCAGUAGCUGCAGUUCGCCGAAUGGUAACCUACCGACCAUUUCGGAGCACGGAGAGCAGUACGGCACAUAUCGGGUGCGCGCUAUGCCCAGCCCCACCGUCAACGACCUCAUCGCUGGCUACGACACCAAGUUGGACAAGUACUUCUCCAAACCCAGAGAUGUGAAACCCUUCUCUUCCAAGGUAGGGUACAACGGUUCCCACCCGGACAGCUUGUAUCGUGUGGCCACGGACGGCAACACUGGCGCCAGCAAAGUGACGCGGGUGCUGCGGGUACUAAGAUGGCCAGUCGCACUAAUCGCCGUGUGCAUCGCCCUCGCUAUCUUCGUAUACUUCCUUAUGCCUGACAACUUGGAGACGGCUGGGGGUCAGAACGGGACGUACUGGGAGCCUGUCGUGGCCGGACACAGGCCUCGUCACCCAGUCUCGGAUCUACAAAGGGAACAUCACAAAAAGAAACCAGUGAAUGAAGAACGCGGUUCGAAACCGUCGGAAAUAGAUUUCUACGAUGCCGAAAACAAUAAAAACACUGAAAUAAGUACAGUUCAAACGAAUACAAAUACUAUAAGAAAACUGCCCAUAUUUCCCGUAUUCCCGACCCAUAUCACACCUGAAGUUCAAUACGGCAACGAAAAAGCCGAUUCCAACAAUUUAAGAACACCAAAACAGUUUGAAGAAUUCGACGAUAAUGACGAUGCCACUGACUCUACGUCGAAGCCACAUAUCACUCAAAAGCCUGAAAAACCUAUAGAAGUUUAUUUCAACGAAGCGUUAAGCCCGACUACAGAGGUCAUAAAUAGAGCUGAAACUAUAAAUGAUUUCACCACUCAUGAGCACAAACAAGUGACCAAUAAGUUUGUGGAGCCUCCCGCGUCUGUGAAACUGCAUCAGUCUACCCACAAGGAACACAAGGAACACACUCAGCCAAUCCUGUACACCCGCGAACGCGACAGAGACCAGCGUGUGCCGCUCGAAGUAGAAGAGUAUUACAGUCGCCGCCCAAAUACUGACGACGUCAACUUCACCUCAGGUCAUUCAAAGCUAUUUGGUAUAUCUAUAGAGGAUGCAGAAAAAAUGAAAUCGACAACACAAAGCUCUUUAUACAACACCAGAGUGUCCCCCACGCUCCCGACGUGGCGUGACGGAGAUGACACAACCACUAAAAAAUACCCGUCCAAUGUCUACUCAGAGGUUCAGUGUCGGUCGACUCGUUUGGCUCUGUGUCGAGGCAUCCUACCGUACGACCUAGCAGGAGCGCCAGCGAAGAUUGGAGAUAUGGAAAUCACAUCUCUCCUGCCCCAAAUCGACUACUUGGUGUCUACUAAUUGCAGUGACCGUAUCAAGCACUUCAUGUGUGCCCUACUUGAACCUGAAUGCAACGCCCCACCUUAUCCUCUGAAAAUGCCGUGCUACAGUCUUUGCAAAGCAAUCUUUGACUCGUGUGACGGUCAAAUCCCCGCUGAGUUAACUCCGGCUUUCAACUGCAAGCAGUACGCGCGCACUAACUGCGUGGAUGCCAAGGCCCCGUGCUACCCUCGUGAAUUCGGCUGCGGCGACGGGUCCUGUGUUCCAAGAGAUUGGAUCUGUGAUGGUACCAAGGAUUGUUCCGCCGGAGAAGAUGAAGCUACAUGCGUUCAGUGCGAACAAGCCGAAUAUCGCUGUAGGUCAGGUGGGUGCAUCCUUAAACGUUGGCUUUGCGAUGGCUACUCGGAUUGUCCUGAUGGCGACGACGAACACAUUGAAACCUGUGGCACGCCGAACCAGCAUACUUUUAUUGCCGACACACUGGAACCUAGUCAAGCGCAACCUGGCUCCGAUAUUCGCGAGCCAGGUGAAGAAUCUGCAGGCUCCGCUCCGGCACCAGCCAUCCGGAGACCAAACAGAGUGCCUAUUGGUCAGAAGGUCUCCGGUCACCGCGGUGAAAUUGAUAGCAGCAAGGAACUUCUUGUCACGAGCGACAGUACCAAUGGUUUGAGAAGAAAUUACACGCGCCGACCCUUACCUCCAAGGUUGUCCCAUUACCAUCAUAGCCAUUUGCGAGGAAGACACCAAGAGACCAACAAAGAAAUUACAACAGAGAUCAACGCAAAGGAAGUUGACAUGAAAAAGUCUGAAGGAGAUAGAACCCCGCAAAAGACCUCAGAGAACGAAUCCAUCGAAGACGUCAACAUGGGAGAUCUAGGAUUUUUCGAUGAAUUUGAAAAGGAGGGCAAAGAACAACCUCGUAGUGGGGUUGACAUAAAAGUAGGGCCCCGCGCGAAACAAAUGAAGUUUGGAGUGCCUCCACCCAACCCGACAGCUCUCAUAGAGGCAACAAAGCCCACUCGUUUGGAUAAAACAGCCAACAAUCUGGAUAGAGUUAUUGAUGGCGCUGGUCUUUUAAGGAAAGCACAAGCUGCACAGGCGGCGGAAGCAGCAACAGAUGAUUCCUCUUUGAACGAGACCUACUCAUAUGCGGAUAAAGACGACACACUUAUAGCGCCUGCUGCACCUAAGCGCUACCAGCCUCCUGCCGCGGGAGCAGCCCAACCAGCUAGUGCAGACGGCAGCGGGAAGACUACGCCAGGCGGCGGUGACUAUAGCAGGGGAGAAUAUUCACGUGCGCACACCUCACCUUGCCCGAGUGGUGAACUGCGCUGCGUGGACGGUCGCUGCAUCACACUAGCACAGCUCUGCGACGGCACCAUAGACUGCUCUGACCACGCCGAUGAAGACAACUGUUACACGUGAUCGUACAGCCGCCCUCUAGCGGUAAGUUAGGUUGUUAGCGAGUGUAUCUCACUCAAGCCAUGACGUUAUUAUCCCAGUGACUGAUCAGAGUCCAGUGACCAAUAUAAGUACUGCCGUUUUGUUUUGAUAUGUAAUUAUUGAUAGACUAAAUAACUUUCAGUUUAAUUGGAAGAUGUUAAAAUUUGAUAUGACCUCAGUACUUAGUCGAAAAAUAUAGGCAACGAAACGUUACCUACGAUGCAAAAUUAACUGCUCGGUUUGAAAAGUCAUUAAUAAAAUGGAUCCUUAAUGGAGCUCACAAGCACUGGAUAAAUACGUCAUUGGUAUGAACCACGUGUAACGCCCUUAAGUUAUGUUUUAAAAUAGUAUACGCUGUGAUAAAGCAAUGCAUGAAUAAAGUGGAACAUACUCACAUUCUGCCGGUGAGGCGGAGUAGUCUCACUUGUGCUACCGUCCAUUUUAGUAGUUAGGUAUUAUUGUAAGUACCUGUAGAACUAGGAUCUAUAUAUUUACACGUAGAAAACAUUAAAUAAGAUCAUUGUGAAUGCUUUGAUUAACAUGUAAGUAAUUGUCUUUUGAAAUUAAACUAAUAAUGAUCUGUAUUAACGUAGGUAUAUCAUUAAUUCGGUAUAUUGUAGUACCUAAUUAUUGUUCUCUCUAUAUCCGUCCGUGAAUGUUUUUAGACAAAUACUAAACGAGUAUUUUCAUAUACUAAGCUUUAUACUGCCAUAAAAAUCAUUCUCAUUUCAUUUCAUUUUAUUGUAAAUAUAGGUACAUACUCUUUCAUUUACUAAUAUAAUGAAAAAUUACAUCUUUCUUUUAAAGUUUACUCGCAUACUUUUUUUGUAAACUUAACACAUUCUAUUAAUUAUUAUUACCUACUUGUAUCGUAGAAUAAAGGGGUACGCAUUUGUAAAUAGUACUAACAAUGAAUUAUUUAUAGUAAUAAGUAUUUAUAUGAAGAAAAACUUAUUGAUUAGGCUUAAAGAGUUAAUGCAUUGUUUUAUUUUAAUGUAAGUUUUGUCAAAUGUUGUUCUAACACUACCUGUGUAGUGGUUCGCUUCUCGCUUAAUGGUAUUGCUUCAAAAAGAACUGUUUUUUUUACAAUUUUUGUAAGUCUAAGACAAAAAUGAAGUUUGUUUUAUGUAAAAGUAAUUAUUUGUAACUAUCUAAUAAAAUAAGUAUUAGAUAAAAAGCCUCAAUGACGAAUUUAUGAUUUUUAUAUUGUGUAGGUGUUAUGUAUUUAGGCAUAGACAAAACAGAAGAAAAUGUAGAUAACUAAAUUUUAAAAAGAUGAAAUUAUAUAAGUAAUAAUAUGUACCCAUCUUUAUUAAUCUCAUUCAUCGAAUUUAAAAGUAAUGUUUUUCUAAGAAGACCUACUUUUAUUUGAAAUUUUAGUAAAGUAUUUUUUUGACCACAAAUCCGAGACUGUUCUCCAGUUCAGAUCAAUGCUGUAUUUACCUAAUAGUUCAAUUCGAUACCUAUUAUAAUGAGUAAUCCGCCCAUAAUAUCUUUAAUUAAUAAGUACUUUUAACGAAUAAAUAUAAGUAGCUAUUAAUAUUGUGUAUUGCUUCGUAUUAUCCAAAGUAAUGUCAUAAUAAAAAUAAUUACUUGCAUAACUCAACGUUAUUGAGAUUCCCUCCAUUUUUAUAAUUAAAUAAGAAGUUAAAGGAACAUAUUAUGUAAACCAAUUUAUAUUAAAGUUAUGUAUUGUUUUUACUGUACUGUUAAUGUAUGAAAAUGGUUAGAAUAUAAGGUUAUCAUUUUUAUGAUAAUAAAUAAUAUGCCAUGUUA